AUGCAUACAAGUGAGAUGUUCAGGCUCGUCGCCAUCUGGGUCUUCAGGCAUUCGAUCAAGAGAGACUCGGUCGACUUCAUACCGAAGAUCGGGAUUACUGGGAAAUCAAUCUUCUUCCUUGGUGCUACCGGCUACGUCGGCGGGACUGUUCUGACCAAGCUACUCGCUCUCCCCACUCCUCCGUCCAAGGUCACAUGUCUCGUCCGGUCCCCCGACAAGGCAAAGCUCUUUGACCAGCUCACACUCCCAUCCGGGACGACUCUCACCGUCCUCUUCGGGUCUCUACAGGACCUGGACAAACUCAUCGCUGGAGCGGAAGAAGCAGAUGUGGUCAUCAACGCUGCGAGCGCCGAUGAUCUGGACGCGGUGAAGGCGUUGAUGCAGGGGAUGAAGAACCGAAAGGACGAGACGGGGCAUAGGAGUGUCUUCAUCGAGACCAGUGGGACGGGGCUGUUCAUCGAUGAUGCGAGAGGAGAGUGGGCAACGGAUCUUAUCUAUACCGACUUGCAUCCUACCCCCAAAACUCGAGAUUCGCCAGCACUACUCUCCAUGGAGGAUGUUCCGCCAAAUGCGCCCCACCGCGAGGUCGACGCGGCGAUCAACGAGGGCGAUGCGCGAGGAGACUUUAAGAGCUUCAUUAUCGUCCCACCGACAAUCUGGGGCGCUGGGCAGGGCGAGAUCUACGAUAAGGGAAUAUCCAACUCCUUUUCGCAGCAGAUGCCUAGGUUGAUUAAGAUCUCGCUCGACAGAGGCGCGGCUGCUGUAGUCGGAAAAGGCGCCAACAUCUGGGGACACGUCAACGUUGGCGACCUCGGCGAUCUCUUCGCCAUCAUCUACCAGCGAGCCCUACAAACCGCAAGCGAGGGCACCAAGUCUGCUGCUAUUGGACACGGCAAGUCCGGCUUCUACCUCAGUAUCUCUGGCGAAUACACCUCCCUAGCAGCCGCUCAAGCCAUCGGGCAAGCCAUGGUCGAAAACAAACUCGGCGACUCUGCGCAGCCAACCCGGUUAUCGGAAGAGGAGGUGCAAAAGUAUUACGGAAAUUCGCCAUAUACGGGGAGCAACUCGCGAGGGAGGGGAGACAGGAGCAAGAGUAUUGGUUGGCGACCAAAGCUGGCGGAUGAGCGGGACUUUUUGAGGGGGGUAAGGGAGGAGACGGUGAGGGUGAGAAAGGUCUUUGAUGGGGUAUACGUGCCAAAGAAGCGGUCUUGA